AGGGGAGGGAGGGGGUGCAAGGCAGAGGGAGUGCUUGUGGGGAAGAGGAACAGAAGACUUGUCGGACUUGGGAGUGGGAAAGCGAAAAUAAGACAAGUAACGAGCACUAAAGAAACAUGCCAAGAAAACGGGUGCUGGAAAAAGAUGACGCUGUCAAAGUGAAGCGGACUAAAGUCAGCCAUCAGUCGCACCAGACAGAGCCCGGACUGGUUCUGACCUUGGGGCAGGGCGACCUUGGUCAGUUGGGCCUCGGACCGGACGUGUUGGCGCGGAAGAGGCCUGCCCUGCUGCAGCUCCCCGAGAAGAUCAUCCAGGCUGAAGCGGGAGGGGUUCACACGGUGUGCCUCAGUGAAACGGGCCAAAUUUACACUUUUGGUUGCAACGACGAGGGUGCCUUGGGGAGGGACACUUCAGAGGAGGGGUCAGACUUUUUGCCGGGACUUGUUGACCUGAAGGAGAAGGUGGUGCAGGUUUCCGCUGGGGACAGCCACACGGCGGCAUUGACAGACGACGGGCGUGUCUUCAUUUGGGGAGCUUUCCGGGAUGAGAAUGGAGUCAUCGGUUUGCUGGCUCCUUUGAAGGACGGAGAGCAGUUGGAGUCUACCAGUGGCAGUGCUGUUCCUGUGGAGCUGCAGUUGGAUGUGCCAAUCGUUAAAAUUGCCUCAGGGAGCCAUCACUUGGCAUUAGUGUCCAUGGCGGGAGGACUUUACACCUGCGGUUGCGGAGACAACGGCCAACUGGGGCGAGUCCCCCAAGUUUUCACUGCCAGAGGAGGAAGAAAAGGAUUGGAACGGCUGCUGCUCCCGCAAGCUGUCGCCAUCAAGCAGAGAGGCUGCAAGACCAAGGGGCAGAUCCGGGACGUCUUCUGUGGUUCUUACUCCACCAUCGCCAUCACCCAGGAGGGCCACGUCAUUGGGUUUGGCCUCUCCAAUUACUACCAGCUGGGAUCGCAAGGAAUUGACACCUACUAUUCGCCAAAGGUUCUGACGGCGUUCAAGAACUCUACCAGGUCCUGGGUUGGGUUCUCAGCUGGGCAGCAUCACACUGUGUGUCUGGACUCGGAAGGAACCGUGUGUAGCCUGGGCAGGGCAGACUAUGGCAUGUUGGGCCUGGGAGAGGGAGCGUCUGACAAGAACUGCCCCACGGCUGUCCCUGGGCUGCCGAAAGCAUCAUCAGUAGCCUGUGGGGAACGGGUUGGCUUUGCGGUUACGGAAGACGGCCGAGCAUUUGCCUGGGGCAUGGGGUCUAACCUCCAGCUUGCCACUGGGGACGAAGAGGAUGCCUGGAGCCCCGUUCAGAUGUCUGGCCAGCAGCUGGAGAACCGCAGCGUUCUCUCGGUGACCGGCGGAGGGCAGCACACCGUCCUCCUCGUCAAGGAGCGGCAGAGUUGACAAACUGUUCCUGCAGCCCCGGAGAGAAGCAUCCAGGAGGCAGCACUUCCCUGAGUCUUUGGGACGG